ACUUUUGUUUGCGCGAUCUUCACGGCAGCUUGGGAAUGUGGUAGCCUCCUCCAGUGAGCUCGCCUUGCUUCAGCAAACCCGGGGGUCUCCGUAAUGUUCCUAGGGGGGCGUUGCUAGGAAUUCCUCCUCGCGUCAGUGGAAGGCACGCAAAAACACCUGCCGGCGCCAAAGCAGCCACCAUACAGGUGUAUUUUUAUAAAUUGCUCUCAGAGGCUCCGGAGCAGUAAGGACUCCGUUCGUGACUCUAAGCUGCCCUGCUCUGUGAAGGUACAAAUGAAGAACCGCUGGUCUGAUUCUGGGAAUAAAUUCUGUAACUACACAAAGAUGUCUAAGUAAGAGAAUGUCCUCUGGCUACUGUCUCGUUUUGGCCAGCUGAUAGGCGCUGCAGAACGGAUUGCUGUGCCUCAGCUGUUUUACUCACCGGGGCUGCAGUAGAAGCUUUUGUUUUUCUCCAUUUUAUGAAGUCAUUGUAAGACUGCAUGCAAACAUCCUGAGUAUGUUCAUAGACAUGCUUUAGAGAUCACAAGAGCGUGUAGAAUAGCCACCAUGGGUCCCACUCAGCUUGUCACACAGAACCAUGGGAAGAAGACAAGUGUUUUUAACAUGGAGGAAAAAGUAUUUGCACUUUUCCAGAAUUCAGAGAUUCCCUCUGAACCUAGAGAAAACCCUCCCCUGAAAAGGAAGAAGGGGCCAGCCCCCAAGAUGCUAGGAAAUGAGGUGUGCAGCGUAUGUGGGGACAAAGCCUCCGGCUUCCAUUACAAUGUCCUGAGUUGCGAGGGCUGCAAAGGUUUUUUCCGACGCAGUGUGAUCAAAGGGGCCCAAUAUAUCUGCAAGAACAGUGGCAGAUGUGAGAUGGAUACGUACAUGCGCCGGAAAUGUCAGGAGUGUCGGUUACGCAAGUGCUAUGAAGCAGGCAUGCGAGAGCAAUGUGUUCUCUCUGAAGAGCAAAUCCAGCUGAAGAAACUUAAGAAGCAGGAAGAUGAUCAAGCCCGGAUGAUAGCUGUGCGUCAGAACCCACCAUCUCCUCCAAGCACCCUUCCCAAAAUGACACCAGAGCAGCUUGUUAUGAUAGAAAAACUUGUUGCAGCUCAACAGCAGUGUAAUCAACGGUCUUUCACAGAUAGGCUCAAAGUGACGCCGUGGCCUCGGAUUUCAGAUCCUCUUCAUCGUGAAGCACGACAACAGCGCUUUGCUCAUUUCACAGAGCUUGCCAUCAUUUCUGUGCAGGAAAUUGUGGACUUUGCCAAACAGUUGCCAGGUUUCUUGGAACUCACUAGAGAAGACCAAAUUGCUCUUUUGAAGACUUCUACAAUAGAAGUGAUGCUGUUGGAGACAUCUAGGCGCUACAAUCCAGAAACUGAAAGCAUAACUUUUUUGAAAGAUUUGAGUUACAAUCGAGAUGAUUUUUCCAAGGCUGAUCACCUAAUGUUCCCACGGAUGUUAAUGAAACUGGUCAGCCUUCGGACUUUAAGUAGUGUUCAUUCUGAACAAGUGUUUGCUCUUCGGCUACAGGACAAAAAGCUACCACCACUUCUUUCAGAGAUCUGGGAUGUCAAUGAAUGAGUAUACUAUCGAAGGACAGUGAACGAUUACACUGAUUAUCUUUUGCCAAUAAAAACUAUUCUCCUUUAUCAAAAGCA